AUGCCUCAGGAUAUGCCGCCGACGGGCGGCUAUGCCCCUGUCCAGUACAAGGGACGACUGCAGGCCGUGGUAACAGCCCGCGGCGGGUCCGAUCGGGGGAUGCUGCGGCGCGGCAGUUUUGCGGAACAGCGUGGACGGAACCUGCAACACGGACGACAAAAGAACGCGGCUAACCACAGAUCUUCCCUCCCAAUCCAGCGAAACCUUCCUUCCCGCGGCUUCCGCCCGGCCAUCCUGCUCGGCAUUAUGGGCGCCGCCAUGGGCUACGGCUGGUUCAAGCUCGCCGUCGGCGUCAGAGAGCAGCAUGAAAUGGCCCGUGAAAAGAUGUGGUCGCGGAUCCACCUGAUCCCCCUGCUGCAGGCCGAGGAGGACCGCGACCAGGUGCGGCGGCACUUGGCGGACCAAGCGCGGGAGCGCGAGCUGCUGGGCGACAACACCAAGGUGUACAACUCGGACCGGUUUGUGCGGCCGACGUUUGCGGCGACGCCGCGCUCGACGACCAAGUAA